UUAAUAAUGAUAUGAUGAAUAUGAAGAAGAAGAGGAGGAAAAUGAAGAAGAGGAGGUAAAUGUUGAAAAUGAUGGUAGUGUUGACAAUUAUGAGAAUAUAAAUUGAACUGACAAUGAGGGAACUGACAAUGAGGAUGAUGAGAACAAUGAAGCUUGAUGAUGAUGAUAGUUGGUCAGAUAAAAAUAAUGUUGGUUCAUUGUCUUCUUCUUCUGAAAGUUAUGUUAAUUUAAAUAAUGAUAAGAAUGAUGAUUCGUUUAAAACAGCAAGAAUGUCAACACCAAAAAAGAAGGCAAAUACAAUACCAAAAAUGAGUAAAAAUAGUUUGACACGACUUGGUCUUGAAUUAUCUUCAGAUGAGGAAAAAAAGAAGAGGAGGAAAAGGGAGAAGGUGAGGAAGAAAAAGAUGAAGAUGGGGAAGAAAAAGAAGAUGGUGAUAAUAGUAAUGAAUCUUUUGAAACGGCUAAGGAUAUAA